UCCAGUCAGUAGAUGAGAUGUGGCAGCACUGUGCCGUGAGGCUGACUGAAGCGGUACAGUACGUGGUGGAGUUCGCCAAACGCAUCCCAGGGUUCCGUGGGCUUGGACAGAACGACCAGAUCACCCUGCUCAAGACUGGUUCGAUGGAGGUGGUUCUGGUCAGAAUGAGCAGGUGUUUUAACACAGAGAACAGCACCGUCUUCUUCGAUGGGGAGUUUGGCAGCACUGAACUUUUCAAGUCUCUGGGCUGUGGUGAUCUGAUGGUGGCGGUGUUUGACUUCGCUCACAGUGUGUGUGCCCUGAGACUGACUGAGCAGCAGAUGGCUCUCUUCAGCUCACUGGUGCUCAUUAACCCAGAUCGCCCCUGUAUUGAGGAUAGAGGCAGAGUACAUAGAAUGAGGAGAGACUUGGAGGUAUGCCUCAGCCACAUGCUACGCAGAGACAACCAAGAGAGCCUUCAGCACAAGCUCUACCAGAAGGUGUCAGUGUUGCAGUCUCUGUGCAGUCUUCAUGUGGAGAAGCUGCACUGGUUCAGCCAGCGCUACCCGCUCACCGUCCACUCUGUCUUCCCUCCUCUAUACAAGGAGCUGUUCACCUCCGACCUGCCUUCUGUGGACUCCCUGUGAACUCCCUCUGAACUGCACCGUACAUGUUGACAGAUAAUUAGACAAAGAAACUUGCAUACAGUAGUAGACAGACACAGACACACAAACACACAGACACYCACAUAGACACAGACACACACAGACACUUAGAGACACACAGAGACAUGAGAAUGCAUUGAUAACAUGAGAUGAAAUUACUUUGAAUGCUUCACUUGUUGAAUAAAUAUAUUUUUUGUCAUUUCAGAGAGCAAUGAUUUGAUUUGAUUAAAUUAUUUCAGUAGCCUAUUAGUGAUUGGACGUUGAACCGAUUUUCAUGCAAAACAAUGUUUUAUAGGUUGUUGUUUUGUUUUUCCUUUUUGAGAGUGUUAUUUCGUCCUUGAGUUGAUGUAUGUUAUUUUGACUCAGGGCGGUUGUUGUGACUGUUGGGGCGGCUGUUGUGACUGUAUCCAGACCAGUUUCUAGCUGGUAUAAAUGACCAUAUUUAGAUGAUCACUAUGAAAUCUAAUGGGUGUUUUCUGAGUUGUUUUUAAAUGUGUGACUUUACAGAGUUGGCUAACCCAUCAGACUGAGAACCUGAGCUAUAGCCCAUGGGCCCCACGGUUCAGGACCCAAACACACAGUCAAGUAUAUAGCUAGUCUUCUCAAUGAACUGUGUGUGGAUCGAAUUUGACCAACAAUCCUAUGUGUSUCUAUCGAGCUUUAAAUGAGGCUGUGUGUUGCAUUAAAACAGAGUCAGAAAUCCUAGACAGGCAGAAAUGUAAAUAUGAGUAAUCUACAACAUAUAAAACUUUGAUGCUGGGUAAUAUUGCUGUAGGCCUACAGUAUGUAGGCAUUUGAAUGACUAACUUUGGGCAUGACUGUUAUUGUAAACAGAUUUUACAAACAUUACCGUUGUGUUUCUUUAACAUUCUCUCUCUGUUAGUUUGUCUCCAAAGUGUUACCAUGGUGAUUCCCAUGGCUUCCAAUAAACUGCUGAUAUGAUUUAAAAAAU